CUAUCUGUCAUUCUCUAGUGUCACGCUAAUCGCUAUUUUGUAUGUUCGUGAUUGUAAUUGGAUCCUGGAUAUUGUGGGGAAUACCAAGUGAGCUAAUCGAUGGCCGAUUAAGUGUUCAACGCUACAGGAAUUAGCGGGUUCCCUUACUCUCGGUGACUCAUCAAGUACCCGGACGGAUUUUCACUAUGGAGACUGAUGAUGGUGAAUCCUCAAGCAGUGGGCCUAUGUCGAGCCUGAAUAGCCUAUUCUCGUUCACAAGUCCCGCUGUGAAGAAACUUCUUGGCUGGAAACAGGGUGAUGAGGAAGAGAAAUGGGCGGAGAAGGCAGUAGAUAGUCUGGUGAAGAAAUUAAAAAAGAGGAAAGGUGCUAUAGAAGAAUUAGAGCGGGCACUCUCGUGUCCGGGAACUCCAUCCAAAUGUGUUACAAUUCCACGUUCACUUGAUGGACGAUUACAGGUGUCCCACCGCAAGGGGCUUCCGCAUGUGAUCUACUGCCGCGUGUGGCGCUGGCCCGACCUGCAGAGCCACCACGAGCUGAAACCUCUCGAAAUUUGCCAGUACCCCUUCAGUGCUAAACAAAAAGAAGUUUGCAUAAACCCCUAUCAUUAUAAGAGGGUCGAAAGUCCAGUGCUCCCACCAGUUCUAGUACCGAGGCACUCGGAGUUCGCGCCCGGACACUCCCUGCUACCCUUCCAGAGGACUGCAGAGCCCGCGAUGCCUCACAAUGUGUCAUACUCCGGUACAGGAUUUCCACCGUCGGCCUCCUCGGAGCUCCCGGACACCCCUCCGCCGGCAUACUCCCCCCCGUCAGACGACACCGAGCCUCCGGGGGAGGUCGCCCCUGUCUCCUACCAGGAGCCCCUUUACUGGGCGUCCGUCGCCUACUACGAACUCAACUGUAGGGUCGGUGAAGUUUUCCAUUGCAACUCUCAUUCGGUGGUCGUCGACGGCUUCACCGAUCCGUCGAACAACAGCGACAGGUUCUGCCUCGGUCAGCUCAGUAAUGUUAACAGGAAUUCAACUAUAGAAAAUACUAGACGUCAUAUAGGUAAGGGAGUGCAUUUGUACUACGUGGCAGGGGAGGUGUACGCCGAGUGCCUUUCCGAUGCGGCGAUAUUCGUGCAGAGCCGCAACUGCAACCAUCAUCAUGGCUUCCAUCCUUCCACCGUCUGCAAGAUACCUCCUGGUUGUUCAUUGAAGAUAUUCAAUAAUAGGGAGUUUGCUCAGUUGCUGUCCCAAAGUGUGAAUCACGGUUUUGAAGCUGUUUAUGAGUUGACUAAAAUGUGUACGAUUAGGAUGUCUUUUGUGAAGGGCUGGGGGGCGGAGUACCAUCGUCAGGAUGUCACAUCGACCCCCUGCUGGAUUGAGAUCCACCUUCACGGACCCCUGCAGUGGCUGGACAAGGUGCUCACACAGAUGGGCUCCCCGCACAAUGCUAUUUCUUCUGUAUCUUAGCCGGACCUCCAUUUUGCAUGCCCCCACCGUAUCUCGUAUUCAUUAACGCGAUAAUCUCAGAAAAUAUGCAUGUUUUUUAACUUGUUUUCGAACUGUGACGAUGUAUUUUUUGGGUAUUCAAAUCUA